AUGGCAAAGGCAUCUACAUACACUCGCCGCUCCACGACCCACCAAAACCACGGCUUCUCUCCCUCCUCUUCUUGGUCGUUGCAUCGUUCUGCGAAUGAGUUCUCCAAUGCAAAGACGCUGGCGCCGGAGAGGACGACCGAGUUCGACUGGCCGCAGCAUUGGGAGCGAUACCGUGGGCGGAUGUUCCGGUACGUGGACGAGAACGGGGAGGGGAAGAUAUCGCCGUCGGAGUUGGAGAGCUGCAUGAGAACGAUCGGGGAGGAGCUGAUGGAGGAGGAUGCGGAGGCGGUGGUGGAGUCUGCAGACUCCGACGGCGACGGGUUGCUAGGGUUUGAGGACAUUGCGAGGCUGAUGGCGGAGGGGGAGGGGGAAGAGGAGAGGAAACGGAGCCUGAGGGAGGCCUUCGGCGUAUACGCGGCGGAGGAGGGCGGCUGCAUCACGUCACGCAGCCUACGGAGGACACUCGCUCGCCUCGGCGAGGUGAAGACCCUCGAGGACCGCCGCCUCAUCAUCCAGCGCUUCGACCUGAACGGUGAUGAAGUCAUCUCUCUCAAGUGCUUUUCUAUUAUGAAAAAUACGUUUAUCUGUAGAUCCAGCCGGAGGGAAGGGACCGGAAUCCCGAAGCUCGUCUGCAAGUAG